UGGAGAGGGUCUUCCUCCGGGGUGCUGCCCCCUUCUUCCUUGUCCUGCCUUGCAUGGGACCCGGGGAAUGCUGCCAGCUGGCCCCCCCUGACCCUCCUGACCCAUGCAUGAGGUCACAAUGGGGGCCUCCUGGCUGUGUUACGCCUGAGAGGCUGCCCCUUCUUAGCUCAGCUGUCCCAGAGAGCCAUAGCCAGUCUGCCCUCCCCGCAGAGAGUAUCCUGGCCCUCCUCCAGCAGCCCCCUCCACCCCCACCCCAGAGCCCUGAUCUUCAGGCGCACCGAGACUCCCUGAGCCCAAUGAAACCCCAGAAACCCUCACCAGGUGGGGCCCCGGCCUGGGGGGCUGCAGGGAUGCAGGGGAGCCCGCAGGGGCCGGCCAGCCCCCAGCUCCGGCCUGCUUCCUCCCUGCUCGCAGUUGUUCUGCCGGGAGAGCUCCACCUGCCGGAAGAGGAAGUGGAAGCGGAACUGUCCUUCCCGCUGUGCUUCCCCAAGCCUGGCCCGCUGCAGAGAGCCAUGGCGGAGGGCAACUACCCGCCCCUACCCGCCCCUCGGGCCCCUCACGGCCAUGUUUGAGAGCGACUUUGUCCAGGACGAGAGCGCCCCGAUGUCCGCAGCGGAGGCCCCCCCCAAACGGAAGGAGGUGGCCUUCCCGCCCCAGUACCCCGUCCCGAGGACCAAGGGGAGCCCAGGCUGGACCUGGGACAAAGGACUGCACUACCCCGGGCCGCUCUCCCAACUGAUGGACCAGCGGACCGCCCCGGCCCUGCCGGAAGUGAUGUCGGAAGUGAUGUCGAGAGCGGAAGCCGCCCCCAUGCCCUUCGGGUCCCAGCAGAAGCUCCCACUCAGGAGAGAAGAGGAGCGGAAGUGGGCGUGGCCCCGAGCGUGCGGGGGCGGGGGGCGGGGGCGGGCACAAGGGCCUGGAGGAGAGAGGGAGGGCUGGUCCUGGACACUCAGCAGGCCAGAGUGCGGUGGACCUAGAUCAGAGCCCAGACUUUUCAGGAGGAGCACCCCGGGGAGCCUAGUGGAAGUGGAAGGGCAGCCGAGAGUCACCAUCCGGACUCUGUUCUCCACAAUUUCCGGGUCUCACCUGUCUAAGGUACUAGGGAGGCUGGGACUGACUGUCAGGCCAGCUGGGCCCGGCCCAGAGGCCCGGCGUGACUCCUCCCCCCUGCCCUUGCCAGGCUGCCUCACCAUUGGAGACUUCCUCUUCAGGGCCCUCCAGGCCACCCUCCCAAGAGCACCCCCAGGAGCCGGGCACUGCCAACAAGCUGCCGCUUCCCCAAGAGCAGCUGCAGCCCCAAGAGCUCCCCCAAGACCAGCUGCAGCCCCAAGAGCUCCCCCAAGACCAGCUGCAGCCCCAAGAGCUCCCCCAAGACCAGCUGCAGCCCCAAGAGGGGGCCCCCAAGACCAGCCACAGCCCCAAGAGCUCCCCCAAGAGCAGCUGGAGCCCCAAGAGGGCCCCCAAGAGAGGCGCCAUUCCAAGGGGCACCACCAUUCAAAACGGCACCGCCAUUCAAAAGGGCACCGCCACUCAAAAAAGUGGCAGCUUCCCCAAGAGCAGCCACAGCCCCAAAAGCUCCCCCAAGAGCAGCCACACUCCCAAAGUCAGUGCGAAUGCCAAAAGGCACAGGCAGCCGCGGCUCCGGGCUAAGGUGCGUGACUCCUCAGGGGAGCCCAGAACCGUAGCAGAAUAUAUAUUUAAAAAAUUAGAGAUCUGGGAUGCCAGGCAGCACGGGUGGGUCCUCUGCCAGCCUCAGGAAGCCGCGUCGGCCUGGUCCCGGGUCGCCACAGAGCAGCCCAAGGACAAACCGAGGGACGGACUGGAGCCCACCGAGGCCUCACAGCCCUCCGCCAGUUUCAAAGCUCUGCGGAAGGCUAUCUAGAAGCCACCGAACUGGCUCACCAGAGCAUGGCAAAACUGCAAAAAGGUGGUCUGCACCUGUACCAGGGGCUCCAACUAAUCCCCUGCCCAGGCCACCUAACUGCAUUAGAUUUUUUUUUUAAUUUUUUAAAAAUAUAUUUUAUUUGAUCAUUUCCAAGCAUUAUUCAUUAAAGACAUACGCGUAAAUCCA